AUGGCCGGUAGUCGCUGGGUCCCCCUCGAAAGCAACCCAGAGGCAAAUACUCGUUUUUGGUCAAGUCAAGCGGGGCUCGUACCCUCCGUGGCGGAGUUUGGGGAUAUCUACGGGCUCGAUGAUGAAUUAUUGAGUCUCGUGCCUCAGCCUGUGAAGGCGGUUAUAUUGCUCUUCCCGAUUUCGGCUGAAACUGAAGCGAAGAAGAAGGAGGAAGAUGAGAAGGUUGAGAAAGACGGGCAACAUGCGAUUGAGCCCAAGGUGUUGUGGAUUAAGCAGACGAUCUCUAAUGCGUGUGGGACCAUAGGGCUGUUGCAUGCCCUCGCAAAUUCAAAUGUACCCUUCAUUCCUGAUAGUCCUCUGGCCAAGUUCGUUGACGAAUGCCGAAAAAUAACACCAGACAAACGCGCAAAGCUCCUAGAAACUACCUCCCUCUUCGCUGACAUCCACGCAGAAGCAGCCACGGCCGGCCAGACGGAAGUACCACGCGACCUCGAUACCGACCUGCACUUUACCUGCUUUGUAGAGUCGGCUCAUGAUGGGACGGGAUCGCGGGUUAUUGAGCUUGAUGGACGGAGGAAGGGGCCUGUGGAUAGAGGGCAGUGCACGAAUUUGUUGAGUGACGUCGCGAGGAUUGUGAAGGAUGUGUAUCUCACUGAGGGGGCUGGGGUGAAUUUCAGUAUGAUGUAUCUCGGCCCACCGAGUGAAUUUUGA